CUAUGGCGCACCAUCGUGCUGAUGCCCUUCAAGCUCAUCUCCGUGUACCUGCACGAGAUGGGAGACUCAAUGCUACCCUCCCUCUUGUUCACGCACUGACUGCUCACUCCUCCCUGCUCCCCAACCCUGCCUGCCUUCUCUACCCCCCUCCCCCUCUCCGCCGUGCCUGCCUUCCCUCUCCAGCUAUGGCGCACCAUCGUGCUGAUGCCCUUCAAGCUCAUCUCCGUCUAUGGCGCACCAUCGUGCUGAUGCCCUUCAAGCUCAUUUCCGUGUAUCUGCACGAGAUAGGCCAUGCCUCGGCGUGCGUCAUGACCGGCGGCAAGGUGGAGGGCAUAGAGGUGCACAUGGACGAGGGGGGGGUCACUCGCACUCGGGGCGGAUGGCAGUGGUGCAUUCUGCCUGCCGGAUACUUGGGCUCAUCCUUCUGGGGCAUGGUGCUGGUGCUGUGCGCCACCAACAAGUGGACCACCCUCGUCAUCGCUGUCAUUCUCUGCAUCACUCUCUUCAUCACCCUCUUCCUCGCCAAGAACAACACACUACGGUUCCUGUGUGUGGGCUUCCUGCUCCUCUUCGGCCUCUUCUUCUUUCUCGAAUAUGGAAUUACCCAAUCGGUGCACCCGCUUAACCUCGCCAUCCUAUUUAUCGGCAUCAUGAACUGCCUCUUCUCUAUAUAUGACAUCUAUGACGAUCUUAUCUCCCGGAGAGUCAACUCCAGCGAUGCCGAGGUCUUUGCCAAGACGUGCCCCUGCCCCUUUAACGGGGUGUGCUGGGGGGUCAUCUGGGGUGUCAUAUCGCUGUUUCUAGCUGGUGGCGCGGUCUACCUGGGCCUCGUGAUUCUCGCAUGA